AUGUCUAGUGAUAUCAAAGAGAUCCCCACUAAGCCAUUCGAUGGCCAAAAGCCAGGCACAUCCGGACUCAGGAAACGAGUGAAAGUGUUCGAACAGGAGCACUACACCGAAAACUUUGUGCAGGCCAUCCUUGACUCUAUUCCUGCACAAGGUGGUGCGAAGGGCGCGACACUCGUCGUCGGAGGCGAUGGACGAUACUUCUCUGUCCCCGCCAUUCAGAUCAUCCUGCGUAUUGCCGCAGGGAAUGGUGUUUCCAAGCUUAUCAUCGGCCACCAGGGUAUCCUAUCGACUCCUGCCGCUUCUAACAUCAUUCGCAAAUACAAAGCCACUGGUGGUAUCUUGUUGACUGCUAGCCACAACCCUGGCGGACCGAACGCUGAUUUUGGUAUCAAAUACAACGUUCAGAAUGGCGGACCGGCCCCUGAAAAUGUCACUAACUCCAUAUACGGAAGAACAAAGUCGAUAACCUCAUACAAAGUCCUCGAUGCACCACCCGUUGACCUCUCGAAGAUUGGCGAUCAGACUUAUGGUCCUUUGAAGGUUACUAUCAUUGAUUCAGUUGCGGACUACGUCGAGCUGCUUCGAUCUAUUUUCGACUUUGGCCUCAUCAAAUCCUUCUUACACUCGACUCCCUCCUUCAAAGUGCUCUUCGACGGUUUGCAUGGAGUGACUGGACCCUACGCAAAGGCCAUUCUUCUUGGGGAACUUGGUCUUCCCCGGGAUUCCAUUCAGAAUUUCGAGCCAUCUCCCAACUUUGGUGGCGGUCAUCCUGAUCCUAACUUAACCUACGCCCACAGUCUCGUCGAAGUCGUCGAGAAGAACAAUAUUCAGUUCGGAGCAGCUAGCGAUGGGGAUGGAGAUCGAAAUAUGAUCUACGGCAAGGGGGCGUUUGUCACUCCCUCGGACUCGGUGGCGAUCAUCGCUGAUUGGGCCGACAGCAUUCCUUAUUUCAAGGGUGGCGUCAAGGGUUUGGCAAGGAGUAUGCCAACUAGUGCCGCUAUUGACUAUGUUGCCGAGGCGAAAGGCUAUGAGGUCUUUGAGGUGCCAACAGGAUGGAAGUUUUUUGGAAACUUGAUGGAUGCCGGUCGUCUUUCUAUUUGCGGAGAAGAGUCCUUCGGCACUGGAUCUGAUCACAUUCGCGAGAAGGAUGGAAUUUGGGCUGUUAUAGCUUGGCUCAACAUCAUUGCCGCUGCCAAUCAGACAAACAAAGGUUGGGGCAUCAACGAAAUUUUACUCGACCACUAUCAGAAAUACGGCCGCAGCUUCUUCUCUCGUUAUGAUUAUGAGGAAGUUUCAUCUGAAGGCGCGCAGGCCUUGAUAGACAACCUUGACAAGCUAUUCGCUGACCCAUCUUUCAUCUCCUCAUCCUACAACGCCAAAUCCGUCUCCGAAUCUUUCACUGUGGCCAAAGUCACUAACUUCACCUAUACCGAUCCUAUUGAUAACAGUGUCUCAAAGAACCAGGGUCACAUUCUUCAGUUCACAGAUGGUUCUCGUGUCGUCUUCCGUUUGAGCGGAACAGGCAGUCAAGGCGCAACCGUACGUUUCUACAUUGAGAGAUACUCGAAGGAUCCGGCACAGUAUGAGCGACCGACUGCAGAGGGGUUGAAAGGUCUUAUCGAGGUGGCUCUCGCUAUUACUAAAUUGCCGGAAUUCCUAGGUCGUAGCGAGCCCACCGUUAUUACAGUGAGUGGGGUCCUAAGUAGCCGCCUGGUUUGUCACCUAUGUGCUAAUCCAAUCUAUCCACAGUAA